ACAAUAAAUUUUUUUUGCUUUUUUUGGUUCAACGUUUGUAAACUUGUUUGGUAUUUUUAUCCUUUUUUAAAAAAAACAAAUAGCAAAAUGGCACCCACGCAGCUGGCACCGACGAUUAUCAAGGAAAGCGACCAUGUUAUUCUCCGCAUGCCCAGCAACAAUUCGAAGGCAGUGUGCAUCAAGGCCAACACGACCAUCAGUCUGGGAAAGUUUGGCAGCUUUAAGGCCAAUGAACUGAUUGGCAAGACCUUUGGCCACACGUACGAGAUCGAGAAGGGCGGAUCAAUUCGGCCCCACAAGCAGUCUGGAUUUGACGAUGCAGACAUCACCGAGGCCAACAACAAGGAGAUCAACGACAAUCCCAAGUCGCAAAAGCUCAGCUUCGAAGACAUUGAAAUACUCAAGCAGAAGAGCAUGACCGGUGACGUUACCGCGCAGGAAAUCAUUGCAACGCUGACAGAAAACAACGAGUCCUUUGCAAUGAAGACCGAGUUUUCCAAAUCCAAGUACAUCAAGCGCAAGCAGAAGAAGUUUAUGAAGAGCUUUGUCCCUCUGGAGACCAACGUGUACAACGUCUGCGACUUUUUCUUUCAGUCGAACCCGAUGAAGAUCCGCGGUAUCCGUACGGACACCCUCUCACAGGUGCUCAGUUUGGUCAAUGUGUAUAGCUCUGCGCGUAUCAUGGCCGUUGAUGAUGGCCAGGGUAUGAUCGUCGCGUCUCUGCUUUCACGGAUCUCCGAAGGUGGAUCUGUCUUUGGCAUUCACGACGGCGAUGUGCACAGCUACGACAUUCUGCGGUACAUGAACUUUUCGAACGAGAGCAGGGACCGGCUGCAGACGCUGUCCUGGUCGAAGCUCAACCACACCAUGGAGCCGUUCACAGAGGAGCUGCGCGAGGGCUUUACGGAGCAGGAUGUGCUUGGGCGCGAGCGCCGCAUGCGCGGCCACGCCAAGCUCUCGGAGACGCUGGAAAACCUCAAUCGUGGCGAGUUUGACGCGUUGGUCAUUUCAAGCAACUACAAGGCCAAGUCGGUUGUGGAGAAGCUUGUUCCCUAUUUGGGAGGUUCGAGGAUGCUGGUCAUCUACGACCAGAGCAAGGAGGCGCUCGUUGAGACGUUUGCAUGGCUGCGCGACUCUCCGGAUUUCCUCAACGUGCAGCUGACUGAGAGCUGGCUGCGUGAGUACCAGGUUCUGCCUAGCCGCACGCACCCGCUUAUGAACACAUCGGGUGGCGGUGGAUACAUUUUGAGCGCAAUCCACCUUGCCCCGGCAGCUGUACCUACGCCUGCCCCGGUUUCGGCUCCUGCUCCAGCAGCCACAGAUGCUGCCAACAGCAACUAAACUAAAAUUUAGACGAGAUAGCAUCAGCUUUUUAAUAAAUGAUACCACCAGCCAACAAUAAAUACAAUUGAUUGUAUAUCAUAUUUGUGGUUAAAAGUGGGCAUGUUGACCAUUGAACUGAACUGAACUUGAUUGAGGUAAAUUG